UAUAUCUCUAUCUCUAUCUCUUUCUCACACACACACAUUUACUAGUGCAAUGCACUUUUUAUAGGUGUAAAUUUGCUGGAAACAUGAGGAACAUACGGGAACUGGAAUAACACUGAGGGGAGUGUAAAGAGAAUAUCUGCUGUGUGUGUGUGUGUAAGAGAGAGAGAGAGAGAGUGUGUGUGUGAGCGUGUUUAUGUGUGUGCGUGCGCGCGUGAGAGCGCGAGCGUUCCUCCUCCUCCUCGUGCUGCAGCAGCGCGCGCUGAGUGGAAUGAGCUGUUCACUACAGCAUGGGCAGCGCCGUGGCUAAGAGGAAGAGUCUGAGGAGUGAUGCCAUUUCUUCUGUAGCGGCUAAAGUCAGAGCAGCCCGAGCAUUUGGAGAAUACCUGUCUCACGCUCAUCCUGAGAACCGCAACGGAUCAGAUCACCUGCUGUCUGACACCUUCAUUGGCCAGGACGCUGAGUCCCCAGACAUCAGCCACUUGCACAACAAUAACCACCUGCACCCGUACCCCAGAGCAGCUUCAGCAGCCAAGCCCAGCCAGGAGCAGCUUCAGCCGGGCAGCCUGCCCGUGCCCGCCCCUGCCAGCUCCAAGCGCCGGCUCUCAGUCGAGCGGAGCCUCUCCGCCGAGGAGCCACCCAAGCAGCCUUCCCAGCAGUCCCAGCAGCAGCCCCAGCAGCCCCAGCAGCAGGCGCGGUGUGUGGAGGGUUCAGGGAAGCCAGCGCUUGUGUACACCAUCACCAAAGAGGGCGGCAUGCUGGCCGGCCGGGGGAGCGAAGAGAGCCUGGAGCUCGAGGUCCUGAAGGGAAACUCGGAGCAGCCUCGAUCUGCUGCCUCACAGGCCCGUGGAAGCCAUCACAGAGGAAGUCAUCACCGUGGCAAUCAAGGUCACGGACAUCACCAGUAUGGCCACACCCCCCCUCACUCCCAGCCCCUGCAGAGCUCGGGCAGCGCCCACAACAUCCGGGACUGGGGUUCCAGGAGAAGCGGCUCCAGAGAGGAGUACUGCAGCCCGGACUGCACGGCCUGCGCCCGGCCGCCCUGCCGCAGCCAGCGCUCCCUCGACCUGGAGACCUCGCCCCGGGAGGGGGGCAAGCACCGCAAGAAGCUGGAGAGGAUGUACAGCGAGGACCGGGUGUGUUCAGAAGAGCGAGAGGAGCAGGCCAACAACUGGUUCCCUAAGGAGAACAUGUUCAGCUUUCAGACUGCGACCACCACCAUGCAAGCAAUAUCGGCUUUCCGCGGCAAUGCUGAGAGAAAGCGGAGGAAAAGAGAGCAGGAGGCGACCGCACUGAUGGAGAGAAACUUCCGGAAGCAUCUGAGGAUGGUGGGCAGCAGGAGAAUGAAGGCUCAGACAUUCGCCGAUCGCAAAGCGAAGAGCUUCAGUCGCUCCUGGAGUGAUCCCACCCCCAUCAAGCCUGACCCAAUCCAUGACUCCAGAGACAGUGGGGACCUGCAGGCGUCCUCCGGUACUCUGGAUGAGGGGGAGUAUGAUGAUGUGGACUGGGAGAAAGAGAAGGAGCUGGAGCGGUUAGCCUGCGAGGGCGACGACUUCAUACCUCCAAAAAUCAUGCUGAUUUCAUCCAAGGUUCCGAAGGCGGAGUACGUGCCCAACAUCAUACGCAGGAGUGACCCCUCCAUCAUCCCCAUCCUCUAUGAUCACGAGCACGCUACCUUUGAUGAUAUACUGGAGGAGAUCGAGAAGAAGCUGACCGCCUACAGAAAAGGCUGCAAAAUCUGGAACAUGCUUAUUUUCUGUCAGGGAGGGCCUGGUCAUCUAUAUCUGCUGAAGAACAAAGUGGCCACAUUCGCUAAAGUGGAGAAAGAGGAGGAUAUGAUCCAGUUCUGGAAGAAACUGGCGCGAAUGAUGAGUCUGCUGAACCCUGAGCCCAAUCUCGUUCACAUCAUGGGCUGUUACGUGCUGGGCAACGCUAACGGAGAGAAGCUGUUUCAGAAUCUUAAGCGGCUGAUGAGACCCUACGCUGUGGAGUUUAAGAGUCCACUGGAGUUAUCGGCACAGGGGAAGGAGAUGAUCGAGAUGUACUUCGACUUCCGUCUGUUCCGGCUGUGGAAGAGCCGACAGCACUCCAAAAUGAUGGACUACGACGACCUUUUGUGACCCAGAGUCCCUUCCUUUAGACAGCCUGAAACAGGCGCGUAGCUCCAUUUAGAGCCCAGCGUGGCCAAGUUCCCCUGGCCCAAACGCUCUGAGCUAGAGUAGAGGCUGGAGGAAGAUGACGGAUGGUGAUGAAGACGACGGUCGAUGAUGGCGUGUGGUUGGUUGGUUGGUUGCUUGGUUGGUUGAACUCUCCGCUGUUGGAUGCAGAUGAUGGCAGGAGAUGGAUUCGGGCGUGGCUGUAAGGUGCUGUUUGUCUACCCCGUCCUUUUUCAAAUGUCGUCGAAGAGCCAAGACGUGGACGAGACGUCUACGAGACGUCAACGAGAAUCUGUCUCUGGAGAGAAGUGUCUCUGGAAAAGUGGAUUGCAGGAACAUUAAUAUAUUUAAUAUAUUUAUGACCGGGAAGGUCUGAAGACAUGGUCUGAUGGAAGUCGUGUUUUUGGUUUUUGGAGAGAACACGUCCGAACAGAGCGACCUAACGUAGUAACUUAACGUUUUUAUUGAGUAGCUGUGUGUGUUUGUAGUGAACUACAGGGAUUUGGGGUCUUUUAAGCCUUUCCGUCUUCUUAACGCCUUUUAAGGAAACUCAAUAUUUACAGAAAACACAAUAUUUACAUGUUCUUUAUCAGGGGCGGCAAUAGGGAAGAGAAUAUAUAUAUCUUUAUACAGUGUAUGUCCCACAUAAAUAUAUAUAUAUAUAUAUAUAUAUAUAUAUAU